CAUUGAAUGCUCAUUUGUGAAAGCGGAGCGCUAGCCGAAUAGCGUCUAGUAAAAAUGUUUAUUUAUUUAUUUGCUAUCGCGUUAGUUUUGCUUUUUACACAUGUGGUGUUUAACUAUAAUGUGAGAGCACGGGCGUUGAGGAAAAUACCAGGAAUGAAAGACCAAUUUAUAGUCGGAAAUGCAUUAGAACUUCUGCUUUCACCAGUGGAGCUUUUUAAGCUACCAAGAAAAUACGCACAAAAAUAUGAAAAAAUAUACAGAUUUUGGUCGUUUCCUUUUGCAGCUGUUAUGAUUUACGAACCAAGUGAUAUUGAGAAAGUGUUAUCCAGCACAAAACAUAAUAACAAAGGUCCGCUGUACACGAUUUUGAAACCAUGGCUGCAGGAUGGACUUCUUUUGAGUAACGGUGCAAAAUGGCAGCAACGCCGAAAGAUUCUGACGCCUGCCUUCCACUUCAACAUCCUGAAACAGUUCAGCGUGACCCUGGACGAGAACAGCCAGCGAAUGGCCAAGUCUCUGGAGAAGCUGGACGGGAACAAAGUCGACGUGGUGCCACUCAUCUCGGAGUUCACCCUUAAUUCUAUAUGCGAAACAUCAAUGGGUACCUAUCUCUCAGAUGAAACUUCUUCUGUAGCAAUGAAGUACAAAGAAGCAAUAUACGAACUCGGAAAGAUGUUCGUUGAAAGAUUCACCAAAGUGAUUUACCUCAUAGAUUUCUUUUUCUCUCUGUCCACGAUUGGGAGAAGGCAGCAAAAACACUUGAACACUGUGCACACAUUUACCAAGAGGAUUAUACAAGAUCGGAGACAUUAUGUAGAAGAAUUCGGAAUCGAUAUCAAUGAACAUAAUAUUGACCAAGAUGAAACUUUCUAUACCAAAAAGAAGACGGCUAUGUUAGACCUUUUGAUAUCGGCUCAAAAGAAAGGAUUAAUUGACAAUACUGGUGUGCAAGAAGAAGUGGACACAUUUAUGUUCGAGGGUCACGACACUACUGCUGCAGCUUUAGCAUUUGCUUUGAUGUCAAUCGCCAACGACAGCAAAAUUCAGGGCAAAAUAUUUGUUGAACUUGACGGAAUAUUUGGUGGGUCUGAUAGACCGACCACUAUGGACGACUUUUCAAAGAUGCAUUACUUGGAGUGCUGUAUUAAAGAGACUCUACGACUCUACCCGCCUGUGCACUUCAUGGCUAGGCGAUUAGGAGAAACCGUCCAAUUAGAUAAUUACACCGUAGACGAAGGAACUAUGUGCGUAGUGCUCAUCUACGACAUGCAACGACGAGAGGAUUUGUACAAGGAUCCACUGAAAUUUGAUCCUGAGCGCUUCUUCCCUGAAAAUAGUCAGAAGCGCCAUCCGUACGCGUAUAUACCGUUUAGUGCUGGCCCUAGGAACUGUAUAGGUCAAAAGUUUGCUAUGAUAGAAAUGAAAGCAGCAUUAGCAGCUGUUCUACGGAAAUUCCGACUGGAGCCCGUGACCGGCCACUCGGACAUAGAGAUCACAGCCGACGUUGUUCUGAGGACCUCCCAUCCGAUAUACGUCAAAUUCAUCAAGAGAAAAGGUAGGAUGACCGAUUACAGCUGCCACACCGAUGUACCGAGUUUUAGUGUUCAGUUGAACGCAUUUUGCCGUUCUGCACGGACAGUUUGUGUAAAAAUGAUAGUAUAUCUGCUUAUUGCAGUAAUUAUUGUGUUGUGUUUCGCCGAACUCUACUUGAACCACAGUAAGCUAGCAAGAGAAUUGAAAAAAGUACCCGGACCGAAGAAUCAUUUUAUCCUGGGAAAUGGCUUGGAAAUCAUUGUAUCGCCAGUCGAGUUAUUUAAGUUGGGGAGAAAAUAUGCCAAUAAAUGGAACGGGAUCUACAGAAUUUGGGCGUAUCCUUUCGGUGCCGUGAAUAUUUAUAAUCCAGAAGACAUCGAGAUAGUGGUGUCGACUAUGAAACACAGCGACAAAAGCCCAAUAUACAAGCUGCUAAAGCCCUGGCUUCGCGACGGACUAUUAUUGAGUAGUGGUGCCAAAUGGCAACAACGAAGGAAAAUUUUAACACCAACGUUUCAUUUUAACAUCUUGCGGCAAUUCUACGUUACUCUGGAAGAGAAUAGCCGUCGUUUAGUAAAGAAGUUGGACGCAACGUUAGGAGAGCCUGUCAACGUCACGCCGCUACUCUCCGAAUAUACGUUGAAUUCCAUAUGUGAAACUGCCAUGGGAACACAAUUAAGUGGAGAAACUUCCAAAUCCGCGAAAUCUUACAAAGAAGCUAUUUACAAACUUGGAAAUUACCUAGUGGAAAGAUUCGUCAGGAUUUACUUAUAUUACGACUGUUUAUUCGCUUUUUCUACGCUUGGGAAAAAACAGAAGAAUGCUUUGGAAACGAUACAUCGUUUCACAGAUAAAGUCAUUCGUGAUAGAAAAGAAAAUUUUGUUGAACAAAACACAGAGACCGAAGACGGCGACGAACAUUUAUAUGUGCACAGAAAAAAGAAAAGGACAGCAAUGUUGGAUCUGUUGAUAACGGCCGAGAAAGAAGGACUGAUCGAUGAGUUGGGCAUAAAAGAAGAAGUUGACACAUUUAUGUUCGAAGGACAUGAUACUACAGCAGUAGGACUAACGUUUUUCCUAAUGUUAUUAGCAAAUAACAAAGAAGCACAGGACAAAAUAGUGGCAGAGUUGAACGAAAUAUUUGAUGACUCGAACAGACCAGUGAAAGUUGAAGAUUUGCCUAAGAUGCGCUACCUGGAAUGCUGCAUCAAGGAAUCUUUACGGCUCUAUCCACCGGUUCAUUUUAUAAGUCGUACAAUAAGUGAAACUGUGGUGCUAAGUAAUUACACCGUACCAGCUGGUUCGUUGUGCCAUAUACACAUAUACGACUUGCACCGUCGCGAGGACCUGUUUAAAGACGCAUUGAAAUUCGACCCUGACCGGUUUUUACCGGAAAAUUGCAUAGGACGGCAUCCUUAUGCGUAUAUACCUUUCAGCGCGGGCCCUCGCAACUGCAUAGGUCAGAAAUUCGCGCUGAUGGAGAUGAAAUGUGUCGUUUCCACGCUUUUGCGUAAUUAUGUCCUGCUGCCCGUGACGCGACCUUCGGACAUCGAGAUUGCUGCCGACAUUGUCAUGAGAAAUAAUGGGCCCAUACAUGUCAAGUUCGAGAGUAGGUCAGACGCGGUCGGCACAAUGUUCACUGUAUUACUUACAAUUAUCGCUAUUGUACUAUUUUCACUGCAUCUUUUGUUCAAUUACAAUGAAAAUGCACGGCUGUUUAGGAAAAUACCCGGCCCUCAAGGAGUCUUUAUAGUGGGAAAUGCACUCGAGUACCUUGUCACUCCAGUUGAACUAUUCAAACAUCUAAGAAAAUUGGCGAGCAAAUGGGACCGAAUGUACAAGUUUUGGGCUUUUAACAUCGGUGCAAUAAACAUAUACACGCCAGACGAUAUCGAGACGAUAAUUUCUACAACGAAACAUAACGGCAAAAGCCACAUAUACACUUUUUUAAGUCCCUGGUUGAAAGAUGGGCUACUCUUGAGUAACGGUGCGAAAUGGCAACAGCGGAGGAAAAUUCUGACGCCGGCAUUUCAUUUUAAUAUUCUACGCAAGUUCCAUACGUCAAUCGAGGAGAACACCCAGAGGAUGGUAGAGACGCUAGACAAAGCUCGGGGGAAGGAGGUCGACGUCAUACCUCUGCUGUCUGAGUUUACGCUGAACUCUAUUUGUGAAACGGCCAUGGGAACUCGACUUACUGAAGAAAUCUCCGACGCCGGAAAACCUUAUAAAGCUGCAAUUUAUGAGCUCGGAAAACUCCUUGUUCAAAGAGUCACCAGAAUUUAUUUACAUGCAAAUGUCUUAUUUAACUUUUCAUCUAUUGGGAAAAAGCAGGAGAAAUGCCUAGACACAGUACACAGCCUUACAAGAAAAGUGAUUAAAGAACGAAAGGAGUACGUAGAAAAAAAUGGCUUCGAUAUUUAUGAAACAGACAAUGAUGACACAGUAUUCCUAAACCAGAGAAGGAAGAAAACAGCUAUGUUAGAUUUGAUGCUCUUAGCUCAAAAAGAGGACUUGAUUGAUGAUGAUGGCAUACAGGAGGAGGUUGAUACCUUCAUGUUUGAGGGACAUGACACAACAGCAGCUGGAUUAACAUAUUGUUUGAUGAUGUUAGCAAACAACAAUCAAAUACAGGGCAAAAUAUUUGAAGAGUUACGCGAGGUGUUCGGAGCUUCAGAGCGAUCAGCUACUAUGGAAGACUUGACGAAACUGCGGUACCUAGAAUGCUGUAUCAAGGAAUCCAUGCGACUCUACCCGCCCGUGCCUUUCAUAAGCCGGACACUAACUGAAAAUGUUAAACUGGGGGAAUACAUAAUUCCAAAGGGGACGUACUGUCACAUACACAUCUUCGACCUGCACCGGCGCGAGGACUUAUAUCCGAACCCCACACAGUUCAUCCCAGAUCGGUUCUUACCGGAAAACUGUAUAGGCCGCCAUCCCUUCGCCUACAUCCCAUUUAGCGCUGGACCUCGCAAUUGUAUAGGCCAGAAAUUCGCGAUGUUAGAGAUGAAAUCCGCAGUUUCAGCAAUAUUGCGGCGAUUUCAACUGGUACCUGUCACCCGGCCAGAGGACCUGAAGCUUGCCUCAGAUUUAGUAUUAAGAAACUCCGAACCUGUUUAUGUCUCUUUUAUAAGACGAACAAUAUUACAUGACUGAUUUAACC